CAGAUGAGAGAAACACGCGGUUUCUCCAAACAGCCCCACGGGUGCAGCACUUCCUCCCACGUGCGCUUUUUCCGCUCCUCCUGCGCGCCGCGGCUGCGGGUACCACUGCGGAUGCGCCCCCCCUCCCCCUCCCCUCUCAGCAUCUCUGCAGACCUCCACGCAGAGGAGGAGCGUGACGCCUCAGAACUGUCCUGAGGAGAAACUUCCAGUCACCUGGAGGAGGUGGUCCCGCGUGGGGGAUCACGCACGAUCGAUUCUUUGACUCCACACUGCGUGCAGCCCCGCAGGAACCUGAGGCGCGCGGGGAGAGGAGCGGGACGGGGACUUUGAGAUGCUGUGACUCCAAACAGCAGCCGGGACGCAGGAUGAAAGACGAGUUUGCUGAGGAGGAGGACGUCCAGUCCUUCGGCUACAAGAGGUUUGGAAUCCAGGAGGGAGCGGAGUGCACCAAGUGUAAGAAUGACUGGGUUUUGAGGGCGGCCAUUGCGCUCCUGUACGUGCUGUGCGCCCUGCUCACUAUAGCGGUGGCGGUCCUCGGAUACAAAGUGGUCCAGAAGAUGGAGAACGUCACAGAAGGCAUGCAAGAUUAUGGAGGCAAGAUCAACGCUGUGGAGACAGACUUAAAGAAACUAGAUUAUCAGACAGGAGAGAAAUCAAUAAAUGCCACCAAUAACAUCAAAACCUUCAAGUCAAAUCUGGAGGCAUUACAAAGCCAACUGCAGAACAUUUCUGUCAGAGCGACCAGCAACAGUCACGUGUUGGAAGAACUUUUAAAAGCAGGAGACACAACACAAGACGGCCACGUCUCCCUGCAGAGUUUCAUGGAGGGCAACACGGCGUCGCUGCGAGGGAUCAAUCAGACGCUGGCCUCCUACAGCAACACGAUCGAUCACCUCCAAUUAGACACCGCUUUGCUCCAGACGGAGAUGCAGGGUCAAGUGGAAAUCCAGGGGAAAACCCAGGUCAGCAUCAGUGCGCUGAAUAUCUCCGGGGCGCUUCAGUGGAACCUCCUGAGUACUCUGCAGAAGACGGUGGAAGACACGGGGCAGGCAGUCGAGAAGCUGAAGAAUAACUACCAAGUCCUGCAGCAGACGGCCUCAAACGCACAGAACAAAGCGGUGUGGCUCCAGGAAAAAGUCAAAUACCUUCAGGUCUUGGCAGCCAACAACUCAGCUUUGUCCAGAUCCAACGGAGAAACUCUGGACGAUAUCGGAGCUCAGCUAAGUACUCUCACAGGCCAAAUCCAAAACGCCUCAAUUCUCUCUGAGGGGCGUGACCAGACCCUGCGAGAGCUGAUGGACCACCAGAGAGACCAUUACAACGCCACCUCCAUGAAGUUUGAUCAAAUGGAAGCGCGGUUGGACAGACAUGAGAGUGAAAUGAAAGACAUAACCGCAAAUGUCACCUUUGCUGGGAACAUCCUCGGGACCAUCAUGUCCAACCUGAACGACCUGAGGUCUUGUGCCGAAACCGUAAUCAAACACACAGACCUGCUGGCGGCGCUCAAUAACAGCCUGGACGAGGCGAAGGCCGACGGUGUGGGGCUGCAAGCCCAGCAGGAUGAGCUGCUGACCAGACUGGACAAAGAGGUCAGAAACCUCUCCAUGGUGAUGGAGGAGAUGAAGGUGGUGGACAGCAUGCACUCGCAGCUCAUCACCAACUUCACCAUCCUGCGCGGUCCUCCAGGUCCACCAGGCCCAAAGGGUGCUAGAGGUCUCCAUGGUUUGAUAGGCCACCUUGGACCAAAAGGUGAGAAAGGAGACCAAGGGGUCAUUGGGAUGGUGGGUCCCAAAGGAGACAAAGGACUUAUGGGACCACAAGGUUCGGUGGGUCCAAAAGGUUUGCGAGGGAUUCCAGGGUUCCCAGGAAGUAAAGGAUCAAGGGGUCCUGGAGGUCGACCUGGAAGCCCUGGGGAUAAAGGUGAUCCUGGGGAGCCUGGUCUUCCUGGAAAAGAUGGACCGCCAGGAUUGCUGGGACAACAGGGGCCUCCAGGUCCUUCAGGGUUACCAGGACCAGCAGGGUUGGAGGGGCCUCGAGGACUUUCUGGACCCAUUGGCCCACCUGGUCCUCCAGGCCUCCCGGGGCUGCCCGCUCCAAUAUCUCCAGUGUCUGUGCAGCCUCAAGACCCCCCUCACGUCAUCAAACCCUCAGAACCAACUCCAGCUACGGUGCCUACAGAGAAAACCCAGACCUCAGUCUCUCAGGAGGCUCAGGUCCCAUCCAAGGUCCCACUUGUGUCCACCAAAAAAUCAGGAUGUCCAGACGGCUACUUGAGGUUCAGGAACAGCUGCUACUUCUUCUCCUCUGGUUCUCAGAGACUCAACUUUAAUGAGGCCAAACUCUUCUGUACCAACAUUUCAUCCCAUAUGGUCAUUAUCAAUAAUGAGGAGGAGCAGCAAUUUGUGAAAACUGUUGUUGCAAAGAGAGGCUAUUUCUGGUUGGGACUCACAGACCUGGAAGAGGAAAACGUCUGGAAGUGGGUGGAUGGAACAAAACCUGAAUACACCAUGUGGAAACCUGGUCAGCCGGAUAACUGGACCCAUGGUCAUGAGAAUGGAGAAGACUGUGCCGGCCUCAUCCACUUUGCCUACUGGAAUGACUUCUACUGCACUGAUCGCAUCGGCUACAUCUGUGAACGACCAGCUGACGAUAAAGGACCGACGGGAGACGCGUACCGGGAGAAGCAACCAUCAGCGAUGCCUCUCUUCACCACCAACCCUUUUGACCAAGAUGUCGAGAAAGCCACCAGUGAGAUGAACACGGCUGAGGACUGGGGCCUCAUCCUGGACAUAUGUGAUAAGAUAGGACAGUCACGCACAGGCCCUAAAGAAUGCCUCCGUUCUGUCAUGAGAAGAGUGAACCACAAGGAUCCCCACGUCGCUAUGCAAGCUCUGACCCUUCUCGGCGCUUGUGUCUCAAACUGUGGCAAAAUUUUCCACCUGGAGGUUUGCUCCAGGGAGUUCGCCAGUGAAGUCAGUAACGUCCUAAACAAGGGCCACCCGAAGGUGUGCGAGAAGCUGAAGGCCCUGAUGGUGGAGUGGGCCGAAGAUUUCCGCAACGAUCCGCAACUCAGCCUGAUUUCAGCCAUGAUCAAGAAUCUGCGCGAGCAGGGCGUCACCUUCCCCAUCGUGGGGUCCCAGGCUGCAGAGCAGGCCAAAGCCAGCCCAGCGUUGGUGGCGAAGGAUCCCUCCACGUCAACGAACAAAAAAGAGGAAGAAGACCUGGCUAAAGCGAUCGAGCUGUCGUUGAAGGAGCAGCGUCAGCAGCCGCAGGCGUCCCUCGCCAGCCUGUACCCAAACGCCUCCAGCCUGGUCUCCUCCCACAAGUCUGACGGCAGGAAAGUUCGAGCAAUCUACGACUUUGAGGCUGCCGAGGACAACGAGCUCACCUUCAAGUCUGGAGAGAUCAUCACUAUUUUAGAUGACAGUGACCCCAACUGGUGGAAAGGUGAAACGUACCAGGGAAUCGGAUUGUUCCCGUCCAACUUCGUGACUGCAGACCUCAGUGCUGAACCAGAGAUGAUGAAAACGGAGAAGAAGUCGGUUCAGUUCAGCGAGGAGAUCCAGGUGGAGACCAUCGAGCCGGAGCAGGAGCCCGUCUUCAUAGAUGAGGACAAAAUGGACCAGCUGCUGCAGAUGAUCCAGAGCGCGGAUCCAACAGAUAACCAGUCGGACAGCGUGGAGCUGCUGCAGCUGGAAGGUGCUUGUAACCAGAUGGGACCUCUCAUCGACCAGAAGCUGGAGGACAUAGACAGGAAACACUCGGAGCUGUCGGAGCUGAACGUGAAGGUGAUGGAAGCUCUGUCCUUGUAUGCCAAGCUGAUGAAUGAAGAUCCGGUCUACACCAUGUACGCCAAGCUGCAGACCCAGCAGUACUACAUGCAGCAGCAGCAGCCUGCCAGUGCCACGCAGCAGGUCUACCCCGGUCAGCCUCCAUCCGGGUCCUACGCCAUGAGCAGCGGCUACGCCGUUCCUCUGGAGCAGCUUCCCGCCGGAGCGCCCGUCCCCGCCCAGCCCGGCCCGGGUGACGUCCACAUGUACAUGGGCCAGCCACCCGUCUACACCGCCGCUCCUGGCAGCAUGGCGCCGCCGGACGUUCAGACGUACCCGAUCCCCGCCGGCGGCUCUGGCCCCGCCCCCGCAGGCAUGACGCACGCCGGGAGCUACAGCGGCCCUCCAGCCUCCAGCAUAGCGCCCCCCGCAGACAUGCCGCAGGGCCCGUACUCGGAGAAGGCCCUGCUAUAGGUUCCCCUCAGCACACGUACCCCCGUCUGGUUAAAGGUCGUUUUGACAGCGGCGCCAGACGCUUCCUAAACGGAGUAGACUAACACUGACAUCUGCUGCACUUUAUUCCACUCAGUAAACCUGAAACCUGAGCAGCCAUAACUCCUCCUCCAUCACCUGGUACAGGCAGCCGGGACGGGCGGAGACGUUUCCAUGGAAACGCUGCGUCCCAACUCCACACGAUGCUCAACGUGAUGGUUGAGGUUGCUAUGGAGACGGCGUUAUGGCUCCUCAUUGUUUCUCCCAGUUA